CAACCGCUCCGCUGUGAAUGAGGCACCGCAGCGGGGAUCCAGGCGACACUCCGUGUAUUAUGAUUUCCCAGUCAACAGCAAACACGUGCUAUGCAUUUGUGGUUUUAUUUAAUCUGGGAUUACUAGCAAAGUAAACGCAUGUUACACCUAGUUCCGUUCCCGAAAUGUUUACAGUGAGCUUGUGACAUUAACGUUUACAAGCGAAAGCUGAUUCUGGACAUGUUGGCGACUGCUACAAUGCUAGCCAUUUGUUAGCUAGCUUAAUCCAGACUGAUUCAAGGCUCCACAGCAUCUGUGCUUUACAGUAAACAGUCAUCGCCACCACAACAAUGGAGUACGCUGUAAUGAAGAAGCAACACUACUGGGAUGUAGAGGAAACGGAGAUCUUUUUGCAAAUCCUAAAAGAGUUGGACAUUAAAGCGUGCUUGGACGGUAGGAAAGUGAGGAACGGUGGAGUGUUUAGGAUGGCCCAGAGGAGAAUGGCAGCAGCUGGCUUUGACAGGACGGCGGAGCAGUUGAGGGUUCGCUGGAAAUUUCUGAAAAAAUGCUAUUACAAGUCUCAGCAGGAUCCCAGCAAUGAAGCCAAAAUCCAGGGUUGGUUGCGCUAUGAAAAGGCAAUGGUCUCUAUUUUGGAGUCCAAACAAUCUAUGGUCAACUCCAGUGUGAACUGCGAAGGCAAUGAUGAUAUGGUUGAGGACUCUGAUGGAGAUCACGAUGGAGACUCCUCAAUGCUGCCCAUGCCAGACGCCUUUACGCAGCCCCUUCAGGACAGUUCAACACUGAACCUGGAAUUAAUUAUUAAAAUGGACCCUGAAGCAGACUCUCAUCUAAGGAUUGGUUUCAUUGGGGCAGGAAACAUGGCUUUUGGCAUUGCAAAGGGUAUCAUAUCAGGAAAUGUUUUGCCAGCCAACAUUAAAGUCAGUGCACCAUCCAAGAGAAACUUUGGACGCUUUCAGGAAAUUGGAAUUACUGGCACAAAUUCUAAUGUGGAGCUGGUGUGUGGUUCUGAUAUUGUUUUCGUGGCAGUUAAACCUCACUUGGUUCGUGACGUUCUUAAUGGAAUCUCUGCAUAUAUCACAGACAGACACAUAGUUGUAUCUGUUGCAGCUGGAGUAACACUAGAAACACUGCAAGAGCUUUUGCCUGAAAACACAUCGGUCAUUCGUAUGAUGCCAAACCUCCCAUGCAUUGUACAGGAAGGGGCUUUGCUCUUCACUCGAGGGUCUUGUGCUAAACCGGCCGAUGGAGUACUUCUCCGCUCCCUGUUGCAGCAUUGUGGUUUGGUGGAGGAGGGACCAGAGGCAUGGAUCGACAUCCACACAGGACUCAGUGGGAGCGGAGUGGCCUUUGUAUAUCUGUUUGCCGAAGCUCUAGCUGAAGGAGCCAUUAAAAUGGGAAUGCCAAGUUCCCUGGCCCACAUGAUCGCCUCACAAACAGUUCUGGGGGCAGGGCGGGUGUUGCGAGAGUCAGGAAAGCAUCCGGCACAGCUACGUUCAGAGGUUUGCACACCUGGAGGAACCACUAUUUACGGCCUGCACACUCUAGAGCAAGGUGGUGUAAGGGCUUCGACAAUGAGUGCUGUGGAGUCUGCGACUGAAAGAGCCAGGCAGCUGGGCCAAAAGUCCACAGCCAGGAAGUGAUUGCUGUCAUUUGUAAUAAUGUCAUAUUUAUCAUUAAUCUCAUAUGCUGUGUAAAGACUGUUUUAAGACUUAUAUCACAAAAACUGGUCAGUUCCUUGUUCCAACUCAUUUUGGGUCACAUGUAUUUAUGUUAUGGAAAUUGCAGCUCUCUUGACUGUUGCCUUACAGAUCUGCCUUGUUAGACUUGGGGAAAGUAGUGAUUCUUUUUCAGUGUUAAAAGAUGAUGCCUGUGAUGUAGAGAUGCAUUCCGUUUACUGCAUAUGUCUUAAAACUAAGCCAAGAAUCAUAUGUGAAAUAAGUUAGUUCUUUAAUUACAUAGUUUUACUUUUAUUUAAAGGUGCACUACGUAACUUUCUGGUGGAAGGUCCAACAUGUACCGGUCUCCUUGGAGAUUUCCUCAAGAGAAUGCCAUUAAAAGGUGCUAUGUGUAGUUCUCCCUUUAGUUUUCUAUCUAUCAUCUCCAUGCAAGUUUCCAUACAUGUUUGUACAAUGAAGGAAAUAUCUGGGUUGGUCACUUAUUUUGAUCAAGAUGGGAAAAUAAGAGUCAAAUGAGCAGCUUCAUACUUGAUAGGAUUGAUGGCUUAGAUUUUAAAUAAAAUAUCCCCAAAACAAAA